AUGGACAAUCAUCCAAGCCAACAGGAAAUCGACCGCGUCCUCCGGCUCAAGCGGAAGCAGCGUGAAACCAAGGCCUGUUAUCCUUGUCGCCAGCGAAAGGUCAAAUGUGAUGGUUCGCAGCCAUGUCGAACUUGUCAGAAAAGAAACCAUCCGCAUAUCUGCACCUAUGAUCUGCCAGCGCGUUCGGGACGUAGCAAUGCUACACGUGGGACAAAUCACACCGAGCCUGUGGUACACCCCGACGGGAAUUGGAGGGCUGCAUCUGUCCAAAGUAUCUCGUCUCCUGGACCUCAGCUUCAGCCUCAGUCUCAAUCUGAAAGCAUUCUGAAUAAUCCCAGUCAGCAGCCGUCAUCUGAUGGCAUGGAUAAGGAAUACAUCUUUGCCGGCGAUAACUCGGUUGUUUCUAUUCUUCGUCUGCGCACGCAGGAUGCCAACGGGUCGAUGGCCCAUGAACUCGGAUCGGUUCUUGGUUUACAAAAUACCUACAAUAGUUACCCAUUUAUGGACUCGAGAACGCCUCAAGAACGGUGGGCGGCGCUGUUACAGAUUCUACCCCAGCGAAAUGAGGUGCUGAAAUACUUUCACUUUUAUCGCACAUCUGCCUAUCCCUUUAAUCCAAUCUUAGUUGAUAUUGAUCGAUUUGAAUCCGAUCUUUGCGGCUAUCUCAAUGCCCUCGCGGCCGGGGAACUGCGGGAUGCGAAUUGCGUAUCGGAUCGAUGGGCAACUGACAAAUCUAUUGGACACAUCAGCUUACUACUGGCUACCCUGGCUUCAGGGGUUCAUUUUUCAGAUAUUGAACAUCCACAUCGGUCAGAGCUGGGUCAGGAAUUUGCCCGUCGAUCUUUUCAAGCCCUGCGCUUGGCAAACUUUCUUUUUAGACCCUCAAUGGACAUAAUACAGUCGCUAUUGAUUCUAGGGAACACCCUCCAGAAUAAUGGACAGUCAGAUGCUGCAUGGGCGUUACUGGGAACAACUGUGCGACUGGCCCAGACGCUUGGGUUGCACACGGAGAAGAGCAUAUCACACUGGCCAGACUGUGUCAAAUCGAAGGCAAAAACUCUAUGGUUUACGAUUGUCUGGCAGGACAGUUUGCUAUGCCUCUGCUACGAUCGGCCUCCCGUCGUUUCAACAAAAGGCUGGAGGCCUGACGCGACGAUAUCUUCACGAUUCGGCUUGUCAUACACGGACAUCAUGCACUAUAUCUGUCGCCUCGGGAUUGAAACUAUUUUAUCAGAAGAAUUUGAAUCGAAUGGAAUCAGUCGAUCCCUCGAUGCGUUGGCUACCUUGGACAGUGUUUACGGGCGAGCUCAGCCCCAUCUCAUUGCCCAAGAAAACUGUAGGACAUUGCAUCAAAACCUAGAGCACCUGGCACUCAAAAUGCACCUUUCUCUCGCUGUUUCUGUACUGUGUCGCCCAGCCAUCAAACAGUCUCAACUCCGUGACGCACAGUACGAUGUGUUACGCACCAGAGCCAAGGGAAGUUUGAUUGAUGCGUCCAAGGCGUUUCUCAACUUCCAAACACUAAGUAUAGUCCCAUUAAGGACGUGGUCAAUGGUCCAUACGGUUCUCAGCUCUACAUUGCUUCUUUGUCUCUGGGAGGAGACUCGAAAUGAUCCCGAGUGUUUUGAACUGCAGCAACGAGUGAUUGAGGUGUUUUCCACGACGGAAGUCGGCGCCAGUGAAUCGAAUUCAACAACACCCAACGGGCAAUGGUUGUCAGAAAGACACAUCCGGGCGCUGGUGACUCUCCGUAAUGCAGUGCGAAGUGCAUUGGAUCAACAAAGGGAGGACUUGACCGACACUACUCAACCCAAUCUUGAACCUUACCCAAUGUUUGGGUAUGAGCCCCACCUGUCUCAGAGAAAUGAUCAUACUGACUCUGAUAGAAUACCGAAUACGCUUAUGGAAGGAGAUCCUUUCGGGGUGUCUCCCAUCUCGUAUCUUGACUCGAUUAUGAAUAUUCCAAUGUUUGAUCUUUCCCAGGAGACUGGAUUCCCAUAACUUCUAUUCUUGGAUUGAAUAUUCCGAACAAUAUUGAACUCUGGUCCCACCACAAAAUCGGCUUCUUUGCCGACAUGAUCCCGGCAGUUCGGGUUCGGACCCUCGGGCCCUCGGACAUCUCGGAAUCGGCGAUCAAUGAGAUAUCCUUGAAAGCAAUUGUUGAUCCUACACAAACGAUCCGAGAAAAAAUGACGAGAACAAAAAAGGUCUCCGCAGGCAAUUUUAAAAACCUUAUUGACGCCAC